UACGAGAUGUUGUCUGGGUGGAUGACUGCUGGAAAGUUAGCCUGUCCUUACUACAUGGAGAAUACUAAAUCGUUCGCUUUAAAACACGACAAAAAAAAUUCAUGGUUUGAUUGUCACCGUUAGUUCUUGCUAAUGGAUCAUGAGUUUAGGAGUAUGAAAAAUGCAUUUAGGAAGAACACAAUUGAACAAAACUAUCCACCUCCAAGACUUUCAGGAGAGGAAAUUUGGGAGAGGGUUGAGAAUUUUCCGAAAGUUACUGAAGAACCACCGUACAAGUUCGAUGAGUAUGGGCUUGCACAUAACUGGACCAAAUAGAGCAUAUUUUGGGAGUUACCAUAUUAGAAGGAUAAUCUUCUCCGGCAUAAUCUUGAUGUCAUGAAUAUGGCCAAAAAAUACUUUGAUAAUUUGUUCUACACAGUGAUGGAUGUCAAGGGCAAGACAAAAGAUAAUCCAAAAGCUAGAUUGGACUUACAGGAAUAUUGUAGGCGUAAAGAGUUAUAGUUGCAAGACAAACGGAACGGGGUCUUCAAGCCUAAGGCUAGUUAUUCAUUCACAAUGGAUCAGAAGCGAAAGAUUUGUGAAUGGGUUCAGAACAUGAAGAUGCCUGAUGGGUAUGCAUCAAAUUUGGAAAAACGUGUUGAUAUGACGCAAGGAAAGUUACAUGGGAUGAAAAGCCAUGAUUUUCAUGUUUUCAUGGAAACUUUACUCCCCAUUGCAUUUAGUGGCUUGCCUACCCGAAUCUGGAAGCCUAUGACAGAAAUUAGUUUGUUCUUUAAAGACUUGUGUUCCAGCAUGUUGAGGGUAGGCAACCUGGAUCGGAUGCAUCAGAAUAUUCCUGUAAUAACAAGUAAGUUGGAGAAAAUUCUUCCACCGGAGUUCUUCGAUGUGAUGGAACAUCUUCCAAUUCACCUUGCGGAGGAAGCCCGACUCGGAGGCCCAGUUCAUUGUCGUUGGAUGUAUCCCUUCGAGAGAACUAUUAGCAAGUCUAAACGGGGUAUUAAGCAGAAACAUAGAGUUGAAGGCUCAAUUUGCGAAGCCUAUCUUGCUAAGGAAACAACUCAUUUCUGUUCUUACUACUUUGGGGAUGCUGUGCCAUGCUUGCGAAACAGACCCAAUCGACAUUUUGAAGGAGGUGAGAAUGAUGCUUUAGCGAAGCAGAUAUCAAUCUUCAAUCGACCGGGUUCGGGUUCAAAAAAACGUACAAGAGAAUUUAAUGAUAUGGAGUCUAAAUCUACAUCGAUACAUGUCUUGCUGAAUUGCCCGGAAGUUCAACGAUAUUAUGAAUACCUCAACGAGGACAUUCUUCGAGCCAUUUCGACAUGUAAGAGAUCUGAGGUAUAAACAUGAUUGUUUACUGGGUUUUUUUUUUGGUCAAAAGGAAUUUUCAGACUGCUUUAUUAUGCUUUUAUUGUAUUUUUCUAUGACUUUUUAUAAUGCUUUGAUUUGCUUGGGGGUAGGGGUAAGGUCUGCAUACA